GGAAGUGGUUCCGUCGUUGUUUAGUGACUAUUCACUAGUCUCAUCACUGGCUCAUUUCUUAAGCAUAUUAAUAGAUUUUUGCACAGGUGGUGAUGGGUGACAUUCGUCAGUCGUUGCUGCCUCGCGAUGUGCUGAGUGCAGCCAAGGAGCUGCUGUAUCACCUGGACAUCUACAUCUGUAACCUGGUACAGUCAGGACGGCAGCCUCCACAGGUCGACUCCAAAACCCUGGAGCUGGUGGAGGAGUUCAUUCUGCAUGCCCCCAAGGACAGAAAUACCCCAGCCAGGCGGAUGAGCGCUCUCCAGGAGCUCCAGCUGCUGGAGAUCAUGUGCAGCUGUUUCCAGGAACAGAGCCGGGAUACCGUCCGUCAGCUUAUGUUCUCCGCACUCUUCAGUCUCCAAGGCAACCAGGCAGAUGAAAGUCGCAUGGCGCUGUUAGGCAAACUGGUCUCCAUGGCUAUCGCUGUGGGCAGGGUUCCUAUCUUGGAAUGCGCUGCUACCUGGUUGCAGAGAACCCACCGUGUGUACUGUGUGCGCCUGGCUCAGGUGUUAGUAGACGACUACUGUAGUAUGGUGCCAGGCUCGGUGCCCACCCUGCAGAACAUCCACAGCGCCAGUCCACGUUUCUGCUGCCAGUUCAUCACUGCUGUCACCACCCUCUAUGACCUCACCUCAGAGGAGCUCACUCCUCCUUUAGAACUCCUCCAGAUGAUCGCAUCGUGGAUCCAAGAUGACCCUCGUCUGGUCCUAAUCACCUUCCUGAACACGCCCCUCUCUGGCAGCCAGCCAAUCAGCUCACUCGAUGUCACGCCUUUAGGAGGGUUGAUGCGCUGGUGUGUCAAAGCACCGCUGGCCUAUAGGAGGGACAAAAAGCUGCCUUUGACCAAUGGCACCACUGAGAGUGAGCCGGAGGUGGGGCCUCUUUUCUCUGCUCUCCAUCUGAGUGUCCUGCAGGUCUUCAUGCUUUUGCCAAACGUACUAAAUGAGAAGGGGCUUUUUGGGCGCCUGGCACUGCUGCAGAUGGAGUCCCUGGCCACGCUGACCUCUGACCUCUCCAGGCUCUUGGACCAGGCUGACAAGCAGACACACACAUCAUCCUCCGAUACACACGCACUGUCCCAGCUGACCCUAGACCGGCUGGCACAGGCCUUGCAGGUUGCCAUGGCCAAUGGAGCCCUGCUUUGCUCGAGAGAAGACCUGAGAGCCAUCUGUUCCCGCCUCCCACACAACAAUUUGCUGCAGUUGGUGUUGUCAGGCCCAGUUAUGUACUACAACAACAUCCACACCCCUCCGCUGGCCUUCAGUCCACACGCAGCUCACUCCCCCAUCGCCUCGCACCCCACACACCCUGCACACGCCCCACACACACCUUUAGCCACCCACCCCUCCGCUCACCCUCAGUACCCCGCGCAGCCUUUCAUUACGGGGAUGCCAUUCCCCUUCCGACCCAGCCACUAAAAGAAUCCUGUUUGCAGAUGUGAAGUUGUGCGUUUAUGUGGGUGGAUGUUGGGCAGUGCGGUUUUUCUUCUGCUUGUUGGUGUGCGUGAAUUAAUGUGCGAGUGAUGUAAUGUGUAUUAUGAUGCGAAGCAGAUUUGCUUUUACUAAAAGUCUGACAUGUUUGUCCAAUAAAUAUUUUUUU